AUGCCUGGCAUUGACCUCGACGUUGAAGCCGAAUCAUACAUGAUGGAUGUGCCUCAUGCGGCAUCAUGGGUGCAGCCUGACAAUGCCUCUGAUUUACUAUUUAGUCCUGGGGAAAUGAAUCUACCCGUUUUUGAUGUCAAUAUCGACGCUGUCAAUCCAUUGGAUCAGACAUGUUGCCCUGAUCUAACGCCUGAACUGCCGUCAGGUUGGGACGACAGUCUGGUCGGUUUCGAUGGUUCAGGCAACUGGUAUAACGCUGAGUACUCUGAGAUGACAUCGCCUUCAUCGCAAGCAGAGAGUAUGGAUCUAACAGAUGCGUCUCUGUCUCAUGACUUUCUCAACCAACUGAUAUAG